CGAGGGGAAAAAAAAGCCCGGAGCGGCCGAACGGCGCGUGCGCGGCGCGUCUGGGUCGAAGUGCGCAAGUGCUCGGGGCUGUAAAGCCUUAAAGCUGGCAAGUCCUGAAUGGUAAAAAACAGGCGUCCCGGACCGCUGACUCGAGGAUUUCCAUUGCAGCAAGCAAAGUUUUAACCGAGCCACUUGCUCCGGCUGUCUCCAUGCUGGCCGCGGGCCUGCAUUGUUUGGUUUUGUGAGGAAGGAAGAAGGAAGAGGUGGCGGUGGUGUGAUUAUAUAUUUUAUUUUUCCCCCUCCCUUUUUUUCCGGAGGUAAUUUUUCUGCCUCCGAUUUUUUUUUUGAGGGGGGGAGGGAGGGAGAGGAGUGUUGAAGAGAGGAAUAUGGAGGGCCCGCGGUGUAGCGGGCAGAAGCAGAGGCGAUCGCGCUCUCACCGGGAUCGGGCGAGGAGGAGGGAGGGUGCGAGCCGCGGCGCCCGGCCCCGCAGCCCUUCGUCGGGCUCUGAACGGGACGAGAAGCCGAGCCCCGGCCAGGCGCCGGCCAGCGCGGCCCCCUCCCGCUGUUGCCGGCCUCCCCGCCGCAAGAGGAGGGCAUCCAGCUCUCAGGAAGAGGACAUCAUCGACGGCUUUGCCAUCGCCAGCUUCGCUACUCUGGAGGCUUUGGAGGAAGAAAAGCAUGGUGAUCUCCCCAAUCAUUUGCAUCAUUUAGAUGUGUUUCAAUUUACAAUCGAAACCAAGGAACUUGCACUGAGACCACAAGAACGAAAUGAAAAAUGGGAAAAACAAGUAGGGAAGAAACCACGGCAGGUGGAGAAUGGCAUGUUGGCUGAGCCAAGUGAAAAUGGACAUGAAAAUGGAAAUGGUACCUUGGAGCGAGGUCAAGAUCAGGGAAGAGAUCGAACCAAGAGAAAAGUUCCAUUGAAGAACUCGGCACAGAUGAAGGUUUCAUCCAACCAAAAUGGCAGGAAGAGCGAGGAUGAGUGCGUCAGAGAUGCCAACAGUUCACAGAGGAGCAGUUCCAGAGACAAGCUUAGUGAUCGGGAAAACUACCGCAUUCUUCAGGAGCAGUCAAUAUGCCGAAUUCACUACCGAAGUCCACAACAGAACAAGAAGUCAGCAAUUCUUUCAGCAUCAUCAAACACUAAGGAGAUAUCUUGUACAAAAGAUGUACGAAUUUCGAAAGCUGAAAAGGCCUUCAGUACUCAAAGGGUUAAUCCUUCAACCAAACAAAGUUCUGCACAUUCGUUUUCAGGACGAGGAUACUCUUGUGACAGUGAGAGUGACAUUGACGACAAGGCAUCAGAUGUAGGCUCUGAGAAACUCUUUUCACCAGCAGCAAGUAAAGGUUCAAGCUUUGCUGGAAGCAAUCUGACGUCGAAUGAGAAACCUGAAACAAAAGGACCAGGUGUUUCCAAGAUAUCCGGACUAGAGCGCAGCCAGGAGCAGAGUAAGGAGACGCCCUUUGUGCCACUGGUCCCAAGCCCACCAGCUAUAGUGGUACCACCACCGCCUUCAGCGUGCACCUCCAACAGCACAGCAAGUCCUACGAUAAAGGAGGCUAUCUACUCAUCACGGCCACAAUCAAGACAACCAACACCACAGUUACAACCACAACUGCAGCAUUAUCCUCUGCCUCAGGUUCAUACACAGCCUCCUUCACAUCACCAGAUUCACCACCAGAUACCCUUCAGCAGUCUUAAUAGUAUCAGCAGCAGGAGCAGCAGUGCCAGCAGUGCUGCAAGCAUCAGUCUACCCAAGCACCUGCCUUCAUCCCCCCAAAUACACCCCCAUCACUCAACCACUCCAGUCUUGCCCCUAUCAAUUCCAAACCUUGCUACCUCACAUAAUUUCUCCCUGAGGCCUCAGACUCAUCCUCAUCACCACGCCAUGUUUGCAACACCAGCUACCUUACCACCACCACCUCCUUUAACUUCAAACAGCCUUGUUGUACCAGGUCACCCUGCAGGACCUGGCUAUUCAGAUACCAGCCUGUUGAUAUCAUUCAACCAACCAAUCAUGUAUUGUCAGCCUCAGUCGGGAAUUUCCUCUCUACUCAUGCCGCCCACUGCACCACCUAUGGAAAACACAAAAUCUAUUAUAACUCGUUUUUCCUCUUCCUUUCAGUUUGAAAAGUAUACACCAAAAAUGGAAAAUCCUUUCUAUCGACAUUCUAGUUUCUUCCCACCAUAUGCUCCAACAAUGCCAGGAAUGCCAUCCAUGAUUCCUCAUUCAGGUCCCUUUGGCUCACUUCAGGGAGCAUUUCAGCCUAAGACUUCCAAUCCAAUUGAUGUAGCAAGCAGACAAGGAGCAGUUCCUCACACUCUACUUCAGAAGGACCCCAGGCAAUUAUCAGACCCCUACAGACAGUCAAUAAGACUCCCACUCAAAAGGGUAAAUCUACCUCAAAAACAACUGGGCAAGCCUGGGAAGUGGUGUGCUGUUCAUGUGCAAAUUGCCUGGCAAAUCUACCAUCACCAGCAAAAAUUAAAGCAACAAAUAUCAAUGGAUCAUCACAAACUUGAAAUAGGGGGUAAACUGGACCUGUUUAGCCGGCCACCUGCGCCUGGGGUGUUUCCAGGUUUCUCAUAUCCGCAUGACCUUGCCAGGCCUCUCUUCGCAAGCACAGGUAAUGCACACCCGGCUGCAACCACAUUUGGGCCACCACCUCAUCAUCACAGCAGCUAUUUACCCACUGGUCACAUGGCAGAUCCAUUCAAUAGAUCAAAUACCUAUGGCGGCCUUGGAAACCUCAGCACCAGUGCCUUUGGAGGAUUAGGCAAUCCAGCACUUGCUUCCAACAGCAUGUUUGGUCACAAGGAAGGUCCAGGGAUACAGAGCCUCAACAAUGCUCAUGAGCCAUGGAAUCGCCUCCAUCGAACGCCACCGUCAUUUCCAACACCACCUCAAUGGCCAAAGCCGGGGGAAUCGGAGCGGAGCUCCUCAGUAACUAAUCACGACAGAGAUCGAGAUUUGGAGAAAAGAGAAUCAUCACUUAAAAAUGACAGAGAGAAAGAAAGAGAUGGAGUGGAGAAAAACAGGCACUCCAACAGAUCGUCGCCAGCAUCUGCCCCAGUCAACUACCAAAUCAACAACCUCAUCCACAGCAAUAGCCGAAGCUUGAAUGAUCCAACGAGGCAUCAUAGCACCACUGAGCGAGAUAGAUCAAAGGAGCUAGAGAGGGAGCACUCUGACUCGCUGAGGGAGUUACCCGGCAUCGAGCAUAAAAUCAAGGAGAAUCGCUCACCGAUAAAGGAAAGUCAGAUUCAUGAGAGGAGGCUAGCAGAAGACAACGCAAAACCUGUUGUGAGAGACACUUCUCCAUACAACAGAACUUUGCUGAGUGAAAGCAUGAAACUCAGCAAUUCAGUUAGCAAAGAUAGUGAAAGGAAAGCUGAAUCCUCCUGUGACCAUCAGAAAAUAAAGAACGACGUCAAGAUAAAAGAAGAACGAAAAGAGGAUAAUGAGGUGAUGGUGAUAAGCUCGGACUCAUCACAGCAUCCCAGGAGCAGUGAGCCACCUCACCAUGCAUCCCUACAUGGACUUCCACUUGGCCAUUCUGUGGGCCCCAUGCCCAUUACAAUGAGCAGCAUCCAUCAGAUGAACAACAUGAAUGUGCUUGACCGUGCUCGGAUGGUGACGCCCUUCAUUGGCAUGAACCCGCUGGCGGGAAGAGAACGUCUGCCCCACCCUGGAUUCUCAUGGGAUCCUGUCCGAGAUCCUUUGCGAGACGCAUACCGGAGCUUUGACUUGCACCGGAGGAUGGAGUUCCCAUUACGCACAGACCCCAUGCACAGGUUCCCAACAGCAGCCGGUUUCUACGAACAUGACCGGUCGUACAGAGACCGGGAGCCUCACGACUAUAACCACGAGCACGUUCUGGAAGUCAGGCGUGAGCAGGAGCGCAUUCGACAUGCCGAUGAAAGAGAACGCUUGCACCUACGGGAAGAGUUUGAUCGUGCCCGGUUGCAUGCCUUGCAUACAUCAGCCAUGGACAGUCACUUGGCACAUGUGCCACCCUUUAUGCCUCAUUUAAGCGGAAUGCACUACCCGAGGCUAAGUCCAUCCACUGCCAAUCACAAUGGGAUUUUGAACAGGACCCCACCAACUGCAGCACUGAGUGCUCCACCUCCUCUCGUACCAGCAGGCAGCGCGCGGUCUGUGUCUCCACGAAGGACUACUCCACUCACUAACUCAGAGUCUCGGGACUACUCCCCUUCUCGUAAUCCCAAAGAAGUUGAGGCACGGUAGUUCUUAAAUAUGGGGGAACUGUCCUGUGUAUGAGAUCCUUUAAUUCAAACAAUGCACUGCAACAAGAGAUAGCUGUAAAUUUAUAGAAUUGAAGCACAGUUGGGAGGGUUAAAAAGUCUGAACUUUGAUACCAGAAGAUUGCUUAUAAUUGGAAUUAAUAUAUUAUCAAUUAUAGAUCUCUAGAUUUCUUUGUGCAGAGAAUUCUGAAAUCAUGUUUGUACAUUUUUCCAAUAUUUGAAAUCUAAUUUGUAUGGAUUUGUAAUUUUAUUGUUUCAUUUUUAUUUGUUUGCUUUAAGUUUUAGUUUUCAGUUUCCAGCCGUUAAGGCCUCAAACUAUUUUAAUAAUACCCAGGGUUGCUAUGGUAUAAUUUGUCAAGAUACCUAUUUACAUUGAAUCCACUGUGAGGUUCCAUAUUGAGGCCAAAAAAUGACUUUCCUUUCUUUGGUUCCCAGAAAUGUCUGUGUACUCUGAGAAAUGUACAAAUCUGAAUUUGUUUUGCCUUAUUAACAAUUACAAGAUAUGCAGAAGAGGUCCAUGUGGUUCCUGUACAAAUGUAAAUACUCUGUUGAUACUCAGAACAUGCUAAUUAAAUUCUUUACUUAGGUAGCCUUUAUAAAGGGUUUCUGAAACCAGAAAAGCUCACUGGAUAUUUAUAUCACAAAAUUAUUCCUAUAAGUGUCACGUGGAAGUGUGCUUUAACGUUCAGUUUCAGAAAAGCAUAUUCAAUUCAACUAUGCAAGAACCGCAGGCAGGUCUUUCACAAAGGCUGCACAUCCAAACUAACGCCGACACAUGGUGAGGGAACACUCCCGCCGGCAAUGGUUGGGAGCAGGGGAGGGGCAAAAUACCACUCCAUUAAGAGACACAAAACUGCAUUUGCGAAAGAGGGGGGGGGGGGGG